UUCAGUCUCUUGGCACUGAGGAUCGGCCCACCCCGCCCCGAGAUGAGAUCUUUGAGUACAAUCUUCCGAGGCAGUGACAUCAAGGACCUGACUGUGUGUGAGCCGCCAAAGCCAACAUGCUCUCUCCCUCAGGACCCUGCUAUCGUCCAGGUACAGCUUCUCCCAACCCCAAAGCACUUCUAUAUCCCAAGUACACCCUUGUAAAACAGACAUGUAGUAAAAGUCAAGAAUCAGCCAAGUGUCAAUUUGCCUUGUCGUUCUAUUUUAGAAAGCAUUAUUAUUCAUGCUACAGGCUUUGGUUUUUCCAUUUAUGUUUUGAGAUUGGACUUGAACGUAUAGCUCGUGAACACGUAGGGCGCACCGAAUGGUGGCACCUCGUUAGUCAGUAUGAUUACACCUGUGCUGGUUGCCGUCUCGUUAGUGGGAAGGUGUUUCACCUGUGCUCCUCCAGGUGAUAUUUAAGAGUGGCUGGCCCAGUGCUCCAGCUGGAUAGAUGCAGAGGGUUAAUGCCUUUAGUUGGCUCUCUCUAUUUUCCCCGAUUUAUUUUUGCUCCACCUUUUUGGUUUUCUUCCUGUCUAGGUUUGGUAUGGGUUUUUCUUUUGUGUGCCUCUUCUUUGGCAAAUUUAGUGGGCCAUCAUGGUGGGUGUCUUUUAGGUUCCAGUUGUUGUUACUCGUCAACUUUUAGUGGACACCCCCAUGAGUCUUUCAGAACCCCUCCUAAAACCCCACCUGCUUCGUUUUGGUUGUUGGUCAGUGACUCUUUGUUAGUUCCCUCUUCUAUUUGAGUGACAUUUUUGGUUUUCUUGCUGGGGAACAUAACACACCCCAGUUAGGGAUGUAAUGAUGCGAUUUGCAUCGGUCCCCGGUUCAAAUGUUUAAGAUAUGAAUGCAUUGGUCUGUGGGAGCCCAAACCGAUACAAAUUAAGCAUGCGAUUUCAAAUGUUAAAAAUUGCAGGUUCAUUGUUUUUUAGUCAUGGUUUUGUUCCGAAAAGACCUCUUAUCUGUUGUUACUGAAUUGAUGCGUCCCUCUCCUUCAGUUUAGUAGCUUAUCCAACUUUUAUGCAUGUAACUGCAUAUGACUGACAGAUAACAAUAGUGCGGGAGACGCAGAUGCUAGCACCAACGAGAGGUAGGCCUGUCCCUGUUCUAAUAGGCUAUUCGUACAUUUGGUACCUUCAGCAUUCAGAUGCUUGUAAAAUGGCUUUCGCAAAGUCAAAUCAUAGGCUUUAUUAGUUGAAUGACAACCAAUGUAAUUUGCUGGGUCAUUGUAACCAUAUGUGUGUCUUACCGGAGUUGUGUAACCUACCGGAGUGGACGCAACUCACAUCCAACUGCUGAUUGGGGUUUUCAAUCAUUCAGAUUUUAUUUAGAUUGGCCUGAGUGCAAUGGCAACCAUGUACUGUGGAAAUACGGUUUAGUAAACGUUGUUAAACUGGAACCUAGUCGUUGUGUCAUUUUAAGUUAACAUUGGUAGCAGAGAAUGGCUAAUAACUACAAUGUGCCACCUCGCUUCGACAAGAAGAGGUCGUAUGAAAGUUGGAAAAAUGAACUUGGAAUCUGGACAUGGGUUAAGCCUACUAAUCUGGAAGAGAAAAAGCAAACACUUGCGGUGGUAUUAUCGCUCGAGGGGAGAGAGAGAUACAGCACUGGAAAUAUCCGAUUUGAACAAGGAUGACGGUAUGGGAACUUUGAUCAGACCACUGGAUUCUGUGUUUCUUGAAGAGAUCGACUGUGCCUAUGAGGCAUAUUCAAACUUUGACCGUGUUACUAGAGACAUUUCGGUUGCAAUGACGGACUACAUAAUUUAUUUCGAACAGAGGUGAAAUAAGAUGCGCCAGUACGACAUGGUUCUCCCGGAUGCAGUGUUAGCGUUCAAGUUGCUAGAUACUGCCUGUCUGGAUGGUAGGGAGAGACAGUUGGCUUUGACUGCUUGUACUGUGCUGACUUUUGCGUCAAUUAUUUUUGGUGAUAACAGAUGGAAUGCAAGUGAGUGACACAGCAUAUUACACUGAGCAGCAGAGAAAAGGUGCCAACAAGUCACGUUCUCAAGACAACCAGACGAGUUCGCCAUUGCCCGGCACAAAUCCACUGGACAGGUAUGGAAGGAGAUCAAAAUGUGCUAUUUGUCAAAGCACUUACCAGUCAAAGACAGUCCUCAUAUAAAAAGUUCAACUAACAGAGGAAAAUGUAAACACAGAGAAACCACUGUUUUCAAACGAAUCUGCUUCUCAUACUGAUCUUUAUAGUUGAAUCCUUAGGAUCCGCUGUGAUUGAUAUUGCAUGUACACGUACAGUGUGUGGUGCAAAAUGGCUUGAUACCUAUGUCAGUGAACUAAAUAUGAAUGACACACCAAGCAACAGAGCUUUCAAAUUUGGAGAUGGGAGAAUCGUCCAUUCUACCAAGAGAGUCAAGAUACCAGCAAAAAUUGGUCAGACUGUGUCACAUUGAAACCGAGGUGGUCCCUGCAGAUAUCCCCUUACUAUUAAGCAAAGCUUCCUUCAAGAAGACAGGGGCUGUACUAGACAUAAAAAAUGACAAGGCAGUGAUGUUUAAACAACCAGUGACCCUUGAACUUACUACCUCAGGCCACUAUUGUGGAAACAUUUUAGACAAAGAAAAAAAAAAGAGAUUCUGACGGACACAGAGCACUUAGAGAUUCUGACAGUCACAGAGGAAAAACAAAGUAUUGUUAACUUCACAAACAGUUUGAACAUACUACAGUUGACAGACUACAGAAAUGACUCAGCAGUUCUGGGAAUAAUGAUGAGAGUAUUUCCAUUCUACGGCAGAUAGUUAACAGUUGCGAGACAUGCCAGAAGAACAGCAAACCUAAGCCCAGACCAGCUGUUGGUUUGCCACUGGCUUCCAAGUACAAUGAAACAGUGGUUGUAGAUCUACAUGAGCUAGGACCAAGUGUGUGGUACCUUCACAUAAUCAACACUUCACACGCUUCAGUGCUGGAAGCAUUGUGAAUACAAAGAAACAAUGCUGAGUACAGGUGGAAAAUAUGUCACAAGUGGAUCCUGCAGUCUUCUAUUGGCUCGAUCAAGACUGCAAUGUGACUGGAGUACUUGCCUGUCAUGUUGGUGACUUCAUCUGGGGUGGCUCACAUACCUUUGCUCAACUGUGAUUCCACACCUCAAAGCUGUUUUCCAGGUCGGCCGUGAGGAGCAUGAUAGUUUUUGUUACGUUAGCAUAGAGUUUAUUACAGUUCAUGGAACAAUACUGAUGCAACAGGAAAACUAUAUGAAGAAUCUUCAACCCAUCCACAUGGAUUCUUCAAGAGCCGUACAAAGGAAUUCCCCCCUCUGUGGAAUUGAAGCUGAUCAAUUGAGGUCGAAGAUAUGUCUAAUUCUAUGGGCUGCUAGACAGAGUAGACCUGAUGUAAUGUUUGAUGGCUGCAACUUGGCAUCCAACACAAAACACGCCACUGUACAAACCAUUCAUGAGGCAAACAAAGUUGUUCGUAAACAGAAAUCACAACAAGUGACUCAAGUUUCAGCAUGUUGUGGCAGGUCUCCUGCAGGUUUACAUCCACACAGAGAGGAACGCCCUGAUUGAGAUCAACCCACAGACACGCAUCCCCCGAACCUUCAACCGCUUCUGUGGCCUCAUGAUCACUGCAUCGCAGUGCUAGCUGUGCCACUAGAGAUCCUGGUUCGAAUCCAGGCUCUGUCGUAGCCGGCCGCGACCGGGAGACCCCCAUGGGGCGGCGCACAAUUGGCCCAGCGUCGUCCAGGGUAGGGGAGGGAAUGGCCGGCAGGGAUGUAGAGCAUGGCGUUUGCAAAGCCAGGGUUGUGGGUUCGAUUCCCACGGGGGCCAGUAUGAAAAAAAAAAAAAGAUAAUGUAAGUCGCUCUGGAUAAGAGUGUCUGCUAAAUGACUAAAAUGUAAAAUGUAAAUGUAAUGUUGGAAAAGAUGACUCUCUGAAACUAGUUGUCUUCAGUGAUGCUUCCCUAGGGAACCUUACAGAUGGAGGCACACAAGGUGGACAUCUAAUCGUGUUAAUGGGUGAAGAAGGAAGAUUGUCACCUAUCUGUUGGCAGCCAAAGAGGAUCAGAACGGUUGUCCGAGCACGCUUGGUGGAGAAACCCUUGCUCUUUGGAUGGAAUUGACAAUGCCAUCUUUCUGGCAACUCUGUUCUGAGCUUACCACUGGUGAGACAAAAUGGCACAUUCUACCUGUAGUUUGUGUUACUGACAACUACUCCUUAGUUGAUGCAGUCAAGUCAACCAAGUCUGUCACAGCGAAUAUACUUUGUCUUGAUCAGUAGCAUCAAGGAACUUAUUCAAGCACAGAGAACCCAGCGGAUUCUGUGGUCGGCCACAAAGGCACAGCUUGCUGACUGUCUGACUAAAAAGGGAGCAUCCGGUCUUGUGCUCCUAAAGGCACUCAGUAAUGGAAAGUUGCAGCUUGAGUAAUAAAAAUAAAAACUGUCACAUCACCCAUUUGUAAUUGGUAAAUCAUACUUUUUAAUUAUUUUGUUGAGGUUUUAUUUGUGUUUAAAGAAAAGUGGGAGAUUGUUAAGUUCAUGUUUUAAGUACCCCUAUAUUUCUAUAUUAUCAAAUCAAAUCAAAUCAAAUUGUAUUGGUCACAUGCGCCGAAUACAACAGGUGCAGACAUUACAGUGAAAUGCUUACUUACAGCCCUUAACCAACAGUGCAUUUAUUUUAAACAAAAAAGUAAGAAUAAAACAACAACAAAAAAAGUGUUGAGAAAAAAAGAGCAGAAGUAAAAUAAAGUGACAGUAGGGAGGCUAUAUAUACAGGGGGGUACCGUUGCAGAGUCAAUGUGCGGGGGCACCGGCUAGUUGAGGUAGUUGAGGUAAUAUGUACAGUGGGGGAAAAAAGUAUUUAGUCAGCCACCAAUUGUGCAAGUUCUCCCACUUAAAAAGAUGAGAGAGGCCUGUAAUUUUCAUCAUAGGUACAAGUUAACUAUGACAGACAAAUUGAGAAAAAAAAUCCAGAAAAUCACAUUGUAGGAUUUUUAAUGAAUUUAUUUGCUAAUUAUGGUGGAAAAUAAGUAUUUGGUCACCUACAAACAAGCAAGAUUUCUGGCUCUCACAGACCUGUAACUUCUUCAUUAAGAGGCUCCUCUGUCCUCCACUCGUUACCUGUAUUAAUGGCACCUGUUUGAACUUGUUAUCAGUAUAAAAGACACCUGUCCACAACCUCAAACAGUCACACUCCAAACUCCACUAUGGCCAAGACCAAAGAGCUGUCAAAGGACACCAGAAACAAAAUUGUAGACCUGCACCAGGCUGGGAAGACUGAAUCUGCAAUAGGUAAGCAGCUUGGUUUGAAGAAAUCAACUGUGGGAGCAAUUAUUAGGAAAUGGAAGACAUACAAGACCACUGAUAAUCUCCCUCGAUCUGGGGCUCCACGCAAGAUCUCACCCCGUGGGGUCAAAAUGAUCACAAGAACGGUGAGCAAAAAUCCCAGAACCACACGGGGGGACCUAGUGAAUGACCGGCAGAGAGCUGGGACCAAUGUAACAAAGCCUACCAUCAGUAACACACUACGCCGCCAGGGACUCAAAUCCUGUAGUGCCAGACGUGUCCCCCUGCUUAAGCCAGUACAUGUCCAGGCCCGUCUGAAGUUUGCUAGAGUGCAUUUGGAUGAUCCAGAAGAGGAUUGGGAGAAUGUCAUAUGGUCAGAUGAAACCAAAAUAUAACUUUUUGGUAAAAACUCAACUCGUCGUGUUUGGAGGACAAAGGAAUGCUGAGUUGCAUCCAAAGAACACCAUACCUACUGUGAAGCAUUGGGGUGGAAACAUCAUGCUUUGGGGCUGUUUUUCUGCAAAGGGACCAGGACGACUGAUCCGUGUAAAGGAAAGAAUGAAUGGGGCCAUGUAUCGUGAGAUUUUGAGUGAAAACCUCCUUCCAUCAGCAAGGGCAUUGAAGAUGAAACAUGGCUGGGUCUUUCAGCAUGACAAUGAUCCAAACACACCGCCCGGGCAACGAAGGAGUGGCUUCGUAAGAAGCAUUUCAAGGUCCUGGAGUGGCCUAGCCAGUCUCCAGAUCUCAACCCCAUAGAAAAUCGUUGGAGGGAGUUGAAUGUCUGUGUUGCCCAGCGACAGCCCCAAAACAUCACUGCUCUAGAGGAGAUCUGCAUGGAGGAAUGGGCCAAAAUACCAGCAACAGUGUGUGAAAACCUUGUGAAGACUUACAGAAAACGUUUGACCUGUGUCAUUGCCAACAAAGGGUAUAUAACAAAGUAUUGAGAAACUUUUGUUAUUGACCAAAUACUUAUUUUCCACCAUAAUUUGCAAAUAAAUUCAUUAAAAAUCCUACAAUGUGAUUUUCUGGAUUUUUUUUCCUCAUUUUGUCUGUCAUAGUUGACGUGUACCUAUGAUGAAAAUUACAGGCCUCUCUCAUCUUUUUAAGUGGGGGAACUUGCACAAUUGGUGGCUGACUAAAUACUUUUUUUCCCCACUGUACAUGUGGGUACAGUUAAAGUGACUAUGCAUAAAUACUUAACAGAGUAGCAGCAGCGUAAAAAGGAUGGGGUGGGGGGGCAGUGCAAAUAGUCCGGGUAGCCAUGAUUAGCUGUUCAGGAGUCUUAUGGCUUGGGGGUAGAAGCUGUUGAGAAGUCUUUUGGACCUAGACUUGGCACUCCGGUACCGCUUGCCGUGCGGUAGCAGAGAGAACAGUCUAUGACUAGGGUGGCUGGAGUCUUUGACAAUUUUGAGGGCCUUCCUCUGACACCGCCUGGUAUAGAGGUCCUGGAUGGCAGGAAGCUUUGCCCCAGUGAUGUACUGGGCCGUACGCACUACCCUCUGUAGUGCCUUGCGGUCAGAGGCCAAGCAGUUGCCAUACCAGGCGGUGAUGCAACCAGUCAGGAUGCUCUCGAUGGUGCAGCUGUAGAAUUUUUUGAGGAUCUGAGGACCCAUGCCAAAUCUUUUUAGUCUCCUGAGGGGGAAUAGGCUUUGUCGUGCCCUCUUCACGACUGUCUUGGUGUGUUUGGACCAUGAUAGUUCGUUGGUGACCACUUAUUACGGUGCUAUCAUUCUGUUAUUAGUGUGCCUGUGCAGUAGUCUCACUGUUGAUGGACCUGGCCUGUGGAAACGUUGUUAAACUGGAACCUAGUCGUUGUCAUUUUAAGUUAACAAACUUCCAAAUGGUCUAAACCAUUCACUUUCGAGACGGGGGUAAAAUCCAAAGCUGCAUUAUAUUAAUUGGCUAAAUGCCAAGGUAAUUUGAAACAAAUAUUGACAUGGUACUAGCUCAACAUUUUCAAUCUGCAAAAAGAACAAGUUAAUCAGGUGGUGAAUAGAGAUAAAAAGUGGGGGGACGAACAUACUGAACAGUUCCCCCCCACCCCUAAUCUGAUAGUGGGGUGGUAGAUGCUCAGUCUGCCCAAUAGCUCAGCUCAGGUGCCUCCACACACACACACACACACACACACACACACACACACACACACACACACACACACACACACACACAGAGGGUCACUCAGUUUAGAGAAGUAAUCUCAGACAGAUCCAGCUCAGAGGCCCAGCUCCUGAACUCCCAUCAGCAGCAGAUAUUAAUUUAAAAUGGAAAAUUAAUGUGUUCAUGCAAAAAAAAUUACUGCACUGAAUCACAUCAGUUCGUUCCUCUAAUCAAACUAAAACGUAUCGGAGCCCAUGCAUCUAGAUGCGUAUCGACUCGUUCAUGAAAUGAGCGAUGCACAUCCCUAAUAGCACCUUUGCAGUGAUAUUUGGCUUCAACUCCCAUUUCUCGCUUUCUUCCUCUCCAGUCCUCCAUGGGCUCGGCCCCUCCACCUGCUCCUGCUGCCACUUCAGCUCCAUUCCAGUCGGUGGGCUCCUACGGCCUAUUCAACCGAGCUCCCGUGCCCCUGUACAGUCAGUGCAGCACCAGCCCCCUGGUGUCCCUACAGUUUGGCGCCGUUGGUGUCGGUAAGAGCCACAGCAGCAGAAGGCCUGGAUAUGGUGAGGAAGGGACCGCUAGCUAG